ACGUGGCUGCCUCGCGAUUGAAGGAAGGAGUGGCUUCGCGAUCUGUCAAGUUAAAUGAUUUCUCGCGAAAGUUUAUGACUCGUCGCAUCGAAUAAGUUGUUCCAGUGUGCUUAUUACUGUUAAGUUAUCGUGUUGUAGUUUCGAUAUACGGAGAAAAUGUCGUCUUCGGGUGAUUUUGGAAGCCCGAUGCGUAAAUUUAAGCUUGUCUUUCUCGGUGAACAGAGCGUUGGAAAAACGUCUCUUAUCACACGGUUUAUGUAUGACAGCUUUGACAACACGUAUCAGGCAACAAUAGGUAUAGAUUUUUUAAGUAAAACUAUGUAUUUGGAGGAUAGGACUGUAAGAUUACAGCUUUGGGACACUGCAGGCCAAGAACGGUUUAGAUCUUUGAUACCUAGUUAUAUCAGAGAUUCUACAGUUGCUGUUGUUGUAUAUGAUAUUACCAAUGCGAACUCGUUUCACCAAACAUCAAGGUGGAUUGAUGAUGUGAGGGCUGAGAGGGGAAGGGAUGUAAUUAUUAUGCUAGUGGGUAAUAAAACAGACUUGAGUGAUAAAAGACAAGUUUCAACGGAAGAGGGUGAACGAAAAGCUAAAGAACUGAAUGUAAUGUCUAUUGAAACAAGUGCUAAAGCUGGAUACAAUGUAAAACAGCUCUUUAGAAGAGUAGCAGCAGCUCUACCAGGCAUGGAUUCCACCGAAAAUAAGCCUCCGGAAGACACUGUCGACUUGCAGAAUCAAUCACCGAUGCAGAACGGCUCCGAGACCGAGGGAGAGAGCGGCUGCAUUUGCUAGGGAGGUGGUUUAUCAGUGUGCAGCUAAGUAAUGCUAGCGCCUUUGUGACAUUCAGACACGAACCAAACAAUUCAUCCACAUACCUAUUUAACAAGAUGCCUGGCUUCUUCUGAUGUCUACAUCGUGGCCCCGUUAACGUUCGCGCGACGAGGGCGUGCCGAAACGUUUCAUUGAACACCGUUCUUACCCAAAUACUUCUGCCCUAAUCAUUUAAGUCGUUACUAGCGAGAUUCGUUGCUAAUUCAUGUUACUCCGAGGACAGCUUCGCGUGGUUAUAUAGUGCGCGUUACGUUGUCGUGUAAUCCGCGAUCACUCUUCAACGAAAAGAGGGACAAAGAACUUCCUUUCGCGCCGUUCCGUGAACCGGAAACUGGCGUUGACCUCUGCAACCGACUGCGUCGCAGACAGAGAUGGGCAACAUUCACGUCUGAAUAGAAAAAUGAACAAAUUCAAUAUUAGUCGAGUGGAACGUUGCGUUCGAUUGAACAAUUAUCCAAAUUAAAUUCAGCCCAUCUCUGGUAGCUCACGACGAUAGGGUCAGACUUGUAUGGUGGGCCUGGAUCUCACACUUUCAGGGACUUCACACGAAAAAGAUAGAUACGAAAUUCAUAUAUUCUUAUGAUCAGUUUGGUGUGGAGGCCCCUGAAAGUUAAGCGAGCCAGGCCAGUUUUAAUUUCUGAGAGGCCCAAAGGGGUGGUUCUUCCGUAAACUCGUAUACAACCAUUGUACGCGUUGUCAGACGAUCGAAGCAAUACAUAACAGCUUUCCACGACUCGUACAUAUCACGAUUUUUCGAUACUGCGAAUCGCGUUUAGACCAGUUUACCUUUCCAAAUCUCUCCGGAUACUCGGCCCCAGAAGUCGUCGACAGAGAUGGACAAAAUUUUACUUGAAUUACUCGGAUUCACUCCAAAUAUCUGUCUCUCAAACAUUAGAGUAUCACACAGUGUCUUAUUCGAUGAAACAAACGAGUAUUUAUUCGAAAUAUUAUUUUAUUCGAAAUCCUUAAUCAACAAGCAACAAGUGGAAAGUCCCUUGCUUCAUCCCGUGUUUGUUACUGGUAAUCUUUCUUGGAGUAAAAAAAUCACGUCCAUCCCUGUUCGAUGGCCCAUUUUACCUAUAAGCGCUCAUCCGAUCGUCGUUUCACUUUGAUCGCGAUCAUCGAGAAAGCGGGAUCUUAUCCGACACGCACAACAACAUACACCGAGAUGCUUAAAAGACGAGUCUUAGGCGCACACGAGAUCACGAGGAAAACGACUGAAAGUAAAACGAUUUCUUAGCACUGGUAGUCGAGGAAUCGAACGAUUCAGCGACCGUAGUCAACAAUCGGUCGUGGGAUUAUUGUAAUUCGUAGAGUGCGUUUAUUGGCGAGUCUGUUCGCCGGCGAAUUGUUCGAGGUUUAUAAUGUAAUCGUAAUUACACAAUCUUUAUAGACGUUUUUCGAUAUUUCUUGGUAAUAAGCGAGCGACCCUCGACACGCGAUCGGGGCUGGGACUGUUUGGCAAAUCCUUCUGCAUCCGAAUAUUCGUCGAAUAUAAUUAGAAUACUUGAAUAUCCAAAGUUUAUUAACCGCUAGAAUAAAAUAUUCGAAUAGGCCCAGCCCUGCACGCGAUCCGUUUGUAAAUCGAAGAAGAAGAAGACGCGCGAACUUUCAGGAUACCGACAGGAUAAAUAAAAUCAAGACAAAGUUCUCCUUUGAUAGAUAAAAUAAAAUUCAUCGGACGACAUUCAACAGAUCUGGAAAUUAAAGCUGCGUCUUCUUCUUUCACGAGCAAUUCGCGAACGUGUCACGUGCGACGCCAUGAUCGCAAAAGUGCGUCGGGAAACACCGUUUAUGUGUUUCAUCGUUGAGACUGAACGCUUCUAGCGCGCCAGUAUCUAAUUAAUCGAACGAACUUAUUAUACCGAUCAAGAUGCAACGAGGAACGACAUUUUUGGGGGAUGAAACAAAGAGGGCAGAGAGCGGUUUGGGGGUUGGAUUGGAAUUUCGCGUUCCCAGAGAGCCACACACGACGCGGGCCAAUUUCGCACCUGCUAAUUAGAAGUUAGUGAAACAGUAGACGCGUCCGAAGGGAGGUAAACGCGAGGUUGGGAAAGCUGCGCAGUCUGUUGAGAACCGGACGCAGGUUUCCCUAGUGUCGUCGUUGUACGUUGAUGUGAUAAGGCUUUUUUUCGGAGAAACACCGAAGAUAACGAUAAAAAGAAGGAGAACAAGUCGCGCGUUGUUACUCAUUAAUCCGUGCUUAAACGCGAACUCUACGUGCCCUAGCACCGUUUUCCGAACGUUAACUCUUUGCCGCACAAGGUUUACAUUUUUAUUCAGACCUCUCGUGCACGCCAAGUGUCGAACAUAUUUUAUUAAUUCUGAUUUGGAAGAUUACAAAUUAUUGAUUCGUGUCUGCAGAUUUUAAAUAUACUUUACGAUUAUUGAUUAAUCCGACGAUUGUUGGCGAAUAUUAUAGAAAUAAUUGUUGAUGCAAGCGUUCCAAUGAAAAUGUUCUAGAUGUGUUAACCAGCCUGCUGCAAAGAGUUAAACUGUCUCUCUAGCGCCAGCCGCUGUGCAUAACGUGUCAUUUAGCGUCGAUUCGCACCGUAAUGUGUCGCCGCGUGUGAAGAUCUUCGAGGCCUGCUGGUACCAGUCCACAAAGGUGUUCAGUAUCAAUCUUUCACGUACGAAUCUAUGUUUCUAAAUUGGCUUCUCGCGUAUACUUCCUCCACAGAUCGCAGAGUUUGCAAACGAACCCAUCCGGUGGUUUAUAUUUUUUUUAUUUUUAUUCGUUGUAAUGCUUGCCUCUGUUCCAAAAGAACGGCUAAACCAGCUGAGACCGAUGGACUCGUAUCACUUCUGGCGUCCAGAUCCUCUCCACUUGUAUGCGCAGCCUCGAGGACUAUUUAUUAAGAGUUCCAAGGCGUAUGUUUUCCUUUGUUUCGGCCUCGCGAGCGGAGGAGACGACACUCGCCGACUCCUCGAAUGGAAACACGCUCGUAGUUCGACGUAGGAUAGGAUCUUUUACGACUUUCGAUACCGAGGGUAAAUCCAGGGUCGGAUUAAGGUGACUUUUCACUCGAUAGGAAAGUAUCUCUUUUUAUCGGUUAAUUUCUGAUUAAUAUUUUCUGUUAGUUUUUCGCAAGUUCUUCAAAAUUUCCUUCGAUCUAGCGUUAUUUCACUUGAAAAUGUUAUUUCAAGAUAUUCCAGUAUCCUUGUAGCUUUACUUAAUCCGACGCUGGGUAUACCGCUAAUGUUUAAUCUUCGCCUAUUGUAAGACUCACGCCUAAAGAGGAAGCGUCACAUUCGUCACGGCCAGAGGCACACUUCCGGUUGCAGCUUAGGAGAGACUUGCUGGGGCUGUCUCCUCCGCGUGGCGGCGAAUCGAACGAACCGAAGUACGCCGAUCUAGUCGGAACGAUCGACGCGUCGAUCGUUCAGUGAUUCACGGUGCUUGCUUUUCGGGGCGCAGUGGGAUUGAUAUAUUUCGUUGCGGCGUAACCCCUUCGCUUACGACGAGGAUCCAUGAGAACUCGAGACGUCGGUAGAGGUUCUAGGUAGGAUUUUAAAUUUAAGUCUAAAUUCAACCCCUCGAGGCACCGGGAUAAUGGUUCACCCUAUUCGAUUGUAAAUAUAUUUCAAAUUCCAUUCAACACUUCUUGAGUAGAUUCCAGCAUUCCAUUGGUUCUUCGUGUGUUUAAUUUUGUUGAACAUUCCUAAAAGUGUGUCGAGCUUAAUAGUUUGUGUUGACCGCAAAUGUUCCACGGGUCGAGGGGUAGUUGACUUAAUUCGACUUAUUAUGGGAAAGUACGGGGGAAUUUGUAUAAAAUUGGCUCGAUAGUCAUUGUGAUAAAAUAUAUCUCGACAGCGUAAUUUUUGUUUGAUCGUUCUAGGUAGGUCGUUAUUCUAUUCAAGCUCGAUUAUAUUCCGCGGUCGUCCUUUGCAGCGAAGGGGUUAACGGCGAUUAAUAGUACGAUAGCGACGAUGAUUUCUAGCAUUUCAAAAUGAAAAAUUCUUGUGAAUGUAAUUUGCAAGCCAGCCGCGUUUCGCGGUCGAAGUUAUUGUAGCCGAUGUUUCUUAGUUGAAUAGAGGUAUUCGCUGUAUCGUCUCUUUGCAAUUAAAUUGUCAAACUUAACGUAGCAGUAGGGUGCGAUAUUCAUUAAUUGUAAGGUUAACCCUUGGAGCCUCGACGUUGCUCCGCGGCUAAUCAUUUCUAAACCAGCUCGAGUGUCCCUUUUCUUUGGAGUCGAUAUUACACGCCUGAUACGCCGAAUGAAACUUGACAAAGAAAUAGAAGAUCGAAAUUCUUGAUACUUUUUAUACGUUCUUGGAGAACUCGAGGCUAGAAGGGUUAAACGUCAAGGCUUUAAGUUUCCGAUACAUUAUAUAAAAUAGGAAAUAAUGUACGCUUUUGUUUAAACGUCAUCGAACGAGAUCUUGCAGAAAUAUAAUUGAAAAUGAA